UGUUGCUGACUUGCUGUCUUGCUGAGCGAGUUCUGCUGGUGUUGUCCGCCUCACUAAGCUCCGGUCAGGCUCAGGCGUGCAUUCUUCUACUGAGAUAACGUCGGAAAUUAAUCAUCACUGGUGGAGGUUCCGUGAUGAGAAGGCGUAACUUCCCCAAAUUUGAAGCACUAAAAUACCGCUCUUCGUAAACCCUAAUUGAUGGCGGAAGCAAGGGAGGAAGAAAAUCGGCAAGCUUCUGGGGCUCUACCAAUGGCUGCAGCAUGCAAACCUGACAAAGAUAUAUCCAGGUGGCUUAUCGAUUUCCUUGUUCGGCAACCGAUUCCAGUGCAUCUUCUCGAACAAGUCAUCUCCAAAUUGGGCGCCUCAGUCGUCGAGAGCGAUUGGCGAUUGAAGAAGAUGCUGACUCUCAAGCAGCUCCAGUCAGGAAUCUCAAAUGGUUCCGUGUCUGAGGAGAUGCUCGACUCGUUGGAGUUGGUAGAGCAAUUGGACAGGGAAAGUGGAAAUCCUAUCCCGGAAACGAUCAAAGCAGCUUACUGUGCGGUGGCAUUGGAGUGCACUGCUAGAGGAACCUACUUCGACACGGUUCAGAGCAUUUGGAGAGGAAGAAUAGAGAAUCUGGAGAAAUUGGGGAGGACCGAGUUGCUUACCGACGAGCUGAAGAAGGUUAGGGAUGAUGUUGAGGCUGCUGUCUGGGAUCCAAAUGUUUUCAACAGAGUGUUGGAAUCGGCUAAGGGGGAAAACGCUUCGAGUCUGGUUGAGGCUUACUUAGAAGAGGCAAUGGCGGUGAAUGGGCCUUCAUUUCUGGAAAUUGCCGCUAGAAGGGAGAGGGAGCUGAAAGCGAAGGCGCAAUGCAGUGGCGAGAAUAGAGAGGGCUUUCCCUGUGAGGUUGAUGACGUGCAGGAUUCAGGUGCUGAAGAUGCUAUGGAUACUGAAGUAGCGCAAGUUCCUGAUAGUGGCGUACAACCAAUCUGCGGAGCACCAUCUGCCGAUGGAAAGGUGAAGCGUAGAGUGAAACGUGCUGUUCCACGCAGACAUUCAAGAAAACAAGGUAGGUUAGUAGCGGGUAACCCUACUAGAAAAUAUGAUACCUUGUCUACUCCUGAAGUCAAGCGAGUACAAGAUGCACUCCGAUCCAGUACCACUGAGUUACAAUCGGUGGUGACUGAUCCACUGCCCGAUGCUCUGCAUCGCUCCCGGUUAUUAAUUGAUGAAGCACCGCAAAACAUAGAGAUAUCUGCCGGAAACCAGGGAGUUCCUGAAUCCCACAGCAACAAGUCAAAUCCUGAUGUUCCAUUAGACAAAGAUGGUGCAGAACAUGUUGAAGGACCCACACCCUCCAUUGAUGAGAGUACCAAAGAACUUUCCUCCAGGCAUCAGAAUGUUUCAAAACCAAGUUUAAUGGUUAGGAAUAAAACAGCUUGUACCUACGAGUGGGAUGAUUCGAUUGAUGGCUCUCCUGAAGAAACAUCUAACGCUGAUGAAAGAAUUGUGCUAAGAAGCCCAAAGAAAGGGGUUGUGCUUCCAUUACCAAAGGACGAUGGCGGCAACAAUUUGCCUAGGAGGAAAAAGAAGAGAUGGAGUGUCGAGGAGGAAAAUGCCCUGAGGGAGGGUGUCAAUCAAUUUGGGAGGGGCCGCUGGAAAGUCAUUUUGAACUCGAGACGAGAAGUAUUUGUUGAGAGAAACGAGGUUGAUCUGAAGGACAAAUGGAGAAACAUGACGGCACAUGAAUGAGUUGAUGCUAAAGCCUGCUUGAAGAAAGGCCUCACUUAGCAGUUUUUGUGUGUAUAGUACUUUGCAGUGGAACUCUUGUGCAUAGUCUUGUGAAUGUCGUUUGCUUGGCUUCGAACUCUUUUAGUUGAACAGACGACUGACAAAUGAUCAAAGUAGGCUAACUUUGUCAUGCUACUACUACUAGUCUAUGUUACUUCUGCCAGCAAGGCUACAUUCUGCUGGAAAAUCCUUGAAACUCAUCAUUUGUACUUAUAUUAUUAUUGAUAUUAUUCUACCAAGUUCUCAUUUUACCAAUAUCAGAAACCAAAUUUUCUGUAGUCACCGAAAGCACCAUGAUUUGACUGUCAUCAUUCUGCUUAGGGUAAUUAUGAUGAACUCUGCAACUGAUCCAUCCGCUAAUUUCUUCGAAUCUGAUCGGGAGUUGAAAACUCUGCCAUUUGAACGAAUCAUGAUCAAGAAUUUUCUCAUCACCAAGAAGGUUACGGCAGCCUAAUCUGUCAGCAUUUACCUCAAGACUCUGCUAACCACAGCUACGAUUUCAAACUUUCUAGUGAUCAAUUUUCUCCAAAGGGUAAUCAUUUUGGCAGCAUGUAACGAAUCUUCCUUCUUCUAGUCAUGUCACUCUCUCUUAUCUUUGACCAUUCAGACUCUGUUUUCUUGCAGCAGACUUGGUAGACUGAUAAUCGACUGUUCGAGCCGUGUAAUAAUAUCCAGUUUUCACC